AUGUAUGGUCAUUCCGGUUCAACAAGGAAAUUGUCCACGCCUAGCAGAAUAAAGGCUUUUUUUUGGGGUGAGCCACCAGAAUCCAAAGAGGAAAGUCGGUUACUAUUAAAGAUAGAUCUUCUCGUUUUGAGUUACGUUUGCUUGAAUUACUGGAUAAAUUAUGUUGAUAGGACAAACUUAUCAAAUGCUUAUGUCUCUGGUAUGAAAGAAGAUCUCAAUUUUAAAGGUGAUGAAUUUAACACAGUGAACACUUGUUUCGUUGUUGGUUAUAUUAUAGGGAUGAUACCCCAUAAUAUUAUUUUGUUGAGAGCUUCCCCUCGUUAUUGGUUAGCGUUCUGCGGGUUCUCGUGGGGGUUACUUACUCUCGGAAUGUACAAGGUCACAUCCGUAAAACAACUUUAUAUCAUUAGGUUUUUCCAAGCAGUUUUUGAGAGCUCUACGUUUGCGGGCACACAUUUAAUUCUAGGAUCUUGGUACAAAGAAACAGAAAUUAAUACUAGAAGUGCGACUUUCACUAGCAGUGGUUUAAUUGGAUCAAUUUUCUCCGGAUUUAUGCAAAGUGCGAUUCAUAAAAACAUGGAUGGAUUGCACGGACUAGAAGGUUGGAGAUGGUUGUUUAUUAUUGAUUUCGUAAUUACUAUACCAAUUUGCAUAUAUGGUUUGUUGUGCUUCCCAAACACGCCAGACAAUAUGAAAAGUAGUUGGUUGUUUUCUGAAGAAGAGUUGCAAAUGGCACAGAUGAGAUUACCACCAAAAAAGGACACAAAACUAGAUCUCACAGUAAUUAAAAGAGUUGUAGGAAAAUGGCAUUGGUGGCUAUUUUCUUUAUUAUGGGUUCUGGGUGGUGAAAAUGAAUCUUUUGGUUCCAAUUCAUUGUUUGCAUUAUGGUUGAAAUACAAAAAUUACUCUAUCAGUAGUAGAAACCAAUAUCCCAUGGGUAUAUAUGCUGUUGCAAUUGCUGCUACCUAUAGUUCUGCACUUUAUGUUGACCAUACUGGUGGUAAAAGGCAUUGGCAUGUUGCGAUAAUGAUAAGCAUAAUGAUGUUAGUGGUAUCUAUAAUGAUAUUAGUGGAUCCAAUGAAAGAUGCAGUAAUGUUCACUGCUCAAUAUUUGGCAGGGUGCUCUUAUGCAGGUCAAGCAAUAUUUUUUGCAUGGGCUAACGUCGUUUGCAGAAGUGAUAUCGAGGAACGUGCGGUCGUUUUAGCAUCUAUGAAUAUGUUUUCAAGUGCCGUAAAUGCAUGGUGGUCCAUUCUAUUUUACGGUGCAACAACAACCCCUAAAUUUAAAAAAGGUUGCUAUGCGAUGCUAGGUACAACUAUAUCUGCAGCAGGUGUGGCAGUAGUUAUCAGAUACUUACAAAGUAGAGAAGAAAAAAGUACCAGUAGUACUUCUUCAGAUGAGGAAUCUAUACCAUCAGGGAAUAAAGUAGGGAAGCAGGGAAACGUAUCAGUUUUGUACGAUUCAGAUCAGGAUCUUUCCCAGAAAAAACUUCCAAACGUGACAGUUUGUCAGAAGGAGUCAAUUAACGAUUAG